AUGGUAUGCAAACUAAAUAAAUCUCUAUAUGGACUGAAACAGAAAACAACAAACAGUUGUAAUCAGAACCGAUGCGAUAUGUGGAGUACUAUGGAUAAGAAGUCUAUAUCAUUUUUAAAUUUAGAUGUUAGUGAACCUACACUACUCUAUGAAGAUAAUCAAAGCUGCAUAAAGUUAACAUCAAAUCCUGGAUACCAUAAACGUACCAAACAUAUUGAUAUAAAACUCCACUACAUUCGAAAAAAAGUUCAAGACGGAACGGUACAGUUAAAAUACAUUCAUACAACUGAUCAAGAAUCUGAUAUGCUGACAAAGUCCCUGCCCACAAUCAACUCAAGGUCUACUUUGUCCAUACCUCCUUCAAAAAGUGACAUUAUGGCUGCUCUUGAUAAACUUCGUUGUGAAGUUUUAUCUACAAAUAAAAAUAUUUUGUCCACUCUAACUUUGCAAUUUGAGGAAUUGAAAAAUGACCUAAAGCAACUAUCUUUGCAAAUUAUUGAAUUAAAGUUUGAAAUACCACCUUACGCAGUGAACUAA